AUGACUGGCUCUGGCACCAGAAGGCAUCUGACAGUGGAGUGCAAUCUGCAAUCUGCAGUGGACAGCCUGCAGGAAAUCAAAACAUCAUAUGUUCAAGGCAUCAGACAGAAUGGAAAUGAUGACACCCAGUGCGAAUGGGUGCUGAUGGUGGAGCGAGAGCAGAGCAUGCAGGCCCCCAGCAUCCAGCAGCAGCCCAACCCAGAGGAGCGGCUCGUGGCCGGCCAUCGGCCCUCCCUCAAGUCGGAGAGGAUGAACUCGGACGAGCACCAGUCCCGGCCUCUUACUGAGCUUCGUGAGAGGAUCCAGCCGGAGGUGACGGAGCUGAUCAAGCAGCAGCGCCUGCACCGUCUGUGUGAGGGCACCUGUUUCCGCAAGAUCAGCGCACGCCGUAGACAAGAUAAGUUCUGGUACUGUCGUCUGUCUCCUAACCACAAAGUCCUGCACUACGGCGAUGUGGAGGAGAACACCCAGGGCCAGAUCCCCCACGACUCCCUGCAGGAGAAAUUGAACGUCUCGGAUAUCAAGGCCGUGCUGACGGGGAAGGACUGUCCACACAUGAAGGAGAAGGGUGCUCUCAAGCAGAACAAGGAGGUGCAGGAGCUGGCCUUCUCCAUCUUGUAUGAAUCAGAGGCCAGCCUCAACUUUGUGGCGCCAGAUAAGCACGAGUACUGCAUCUGGAGUGACGGCCUGAACGCCUUGCUGGGCAAAGAGAUGACCAGCGAGCUCACCAAGUCGGACACAGAGACUCUGGUCUCCAUGGAGAUGAAGCUGCGGCUGCUGGAUCUGGAGAACAUCCAGAUUCCGGAGGCCCCUCCCCCGGUCCCCAAAGAACCCAGCACCUUUGAAUUUGUCUACGACUACAGCCAACAGACUUAA